AUGGUCAUAAAAGCUUGUAUCUUCGACAUUGGCGGAGUCUGCGUCCUCUCGCCCCUUCAUGCGAUCCGAGCCUACGAGACGGAAAACUCCAUUCCAAGCGGCUACAUCUCCUACGCGAUCGUGGCCUCCUCGCCAUCGGGCUCCUGGGAUAGACUCGAGCGGGGCGAGAUCCCGAUGGACAGCACCUUCUACACCGGCCUCACCUCGGACCUAACAAGCCCCGAAACCUGGAGCUCCUUCCUCCGCUCUCGCAACCUCCCCUCGGGGGCGGCGAGCCCGCUACCGCACAUAGACGGCGAAACCCUCUUCCGGCGGAUGAUGACCGAGUCCCGUGCUCCGAACCCGCCCGUCAUCGCCGCGAUAGGCAAGCUGCGUGCGACGGGACGGUACAAGCUCGCGGCGCUCACGAACGACUACCAGUUCCCAUCAGGCCACCCGUUCGCGGACAAUUUGGGAUUGAGGGGAUUGUUCGAUGUGUUCGUCUCGAGCAAUGAAUGCAGAAUGAGGAAACCCGAGCGGGGGAUUUAUCGGCUCGUGCUUGAGCGGCUCAACGUUGCUCCGGGGGAGGCAGUGUUUCUGGAUGACCUGGGGCUGAAUUUGAAGGCUGCGAGGGAGUUGGGGAUUAUUACGGUUCGCGUGCCGCUCGAGGAGACGUGGAGGGCUGUCAGGGAGUUGGAAGGGGUGCUCGGUGAGAAGUUGUUGGAUGAGGAGGAUGAAGACCUGGCCGGUGGAAAGGCGAGAUUGUAGUCUUUGUCCUUUUUUUUUUUUUUUUCAGGAAGGAGGAUCGACUGAUACCCAUAUUAUACCCAACGAAAUUUUGUAGAUUCCAAGUAGAAUAGCCAUGACUUAAC